AUGCAGCGCAGCCGCGAUGCAGGUCCAGCGAGGCAGCAGUGGUCGGAGGGCGGUGCCCCGCAGCCCCGUCUUCAGCCGUCGAUCUGGGAAUCAGAGGCGACACAUGCCGAGCCCUGUCUACCAGCAAAGCUAGACCAUCUCACCUUGUUCGACGUCAGUCAAGUGAUCCGACGCUCGUGGUCAAGUUGUGCAGAAUGCAAUGGGAUUGGAUGA